UCCAUGAAUUCAUUCUACCGGCUUUUAAAGGAACGACAGAUUGGAUAAUGCAGACCUAGAGAAUUUAUGCCCAAAAGAAAAGUGGAAUGUUUGUGACUGCAAUAGCAUUGAUCAUAAGUCUGCUUGAAGUAGAGUUAACCUGGGGCUAAGGAACGACCUAGGUAACUAUAACAGUGAUAACAGUAAAAACGAACUAUCGAAGGAUCUUCUACGCAAUAGCUCGACCUGCUAGAAAUAGCAGCCAAUCCUCCCUUAAAUCACACCUUACCGUCUUUUAAGAAAAUAGGGCACAUUGGAUAAUAUAGUCCAACAUACGUAAUAUUAGAGAGGAUAGACCGGUCAUGGUUCAAAUGCUUUUGAAGAGAGGAGAUUUGGAACAAAACAACAAUGACAACAGCAGCAAGCCACGUUUAACUGUCACAACCAGAGGAAUUACAGCAGUAACAAUAACAACAACAAAUUACAGCAGCUGCAGCAAGACACACCGCCGCCGCCACCACCAACAGCUGAAUUAGCCAAACUAUCACCACAAACCACGGCGCCCCUUCCCUCGUUUUAUCACAGUCAGAUUUUCAUGACGAUUCUUCCCCCGUGUUCAGGUUUUGCUUACAUUUCGCUCCACUCUGAAACUUAGCAGUUGAUGUACUUCUCCCUCCACUCCUCACAACCAUAGAAAGGAUUACUAUUAUUGUUAUUAUUAUUUACAACCACUGAGAAGUAUCUCACACAACCUGCUACCACCCUCCUCCCUCCCCUAUCACCGUAUUCCUUCUUCACAUCAACUAUUCGCUGUUUCUCAUUUCUUACUCGGAUUUUUACUGAGACGUACGUACAUCUAGAAAAUUGGUUUGCAGACAGAAAAUAUAAAAUGAUUUCCAAGAAGUCUAUUCAACAAACUAAGAAAAAGAAAAAAGUUGUGAAGAAACCAAAACCACCUGAAGAGAAUGAUUCUCCUAUUUUACCAAGAGGGCAAUAUAAUUUGGACUUUUUGGACGAGAUGAACCCAUUUGUUUCUCGAGACAAACUAGGAGGCUCUCCUCCCAACUCAGAUGGUAACCUAAAUAUAAACCCCUUUGAAACAAAAACUAAAAUUGCCUGUUCUCCACCACUUGCACCUAAGUUUAACAAACAAGAUUUAAUGGAUAAUUCUGAUCCAUUUCUAUCAAAGACUAAUAAUCUUGGCUAUUCUCCCAAUCAAUCUAAUGACCGAAAUAUUGAAGAAAAUGGUAAUACAGCAGUGAGUGAGUUCUAUGAAAAUGAAGAAGAGCCGAAAGAUGACUUGAGCAACCAGAAAGAUGACUUGAACAACCAGAAAGAGUUUAUCACUGAUAAAAUGGUGGAUAAUUCCAAUGAGUUUUCUCAUUCAAUAGUUGAUAAUGAUCUUCAAGACAGUGAAGUAGAUAUGAAAAAUUUCGAUAACUGUUCAAGUGGUUUGGAAGAAGUUGGCUUAAAGCAUGAGUCAGAGUUUUCUACAGAUACAAGUUAUUCAAAGAUGCCAGAAGACAAUAUUAAACAUGCUGGCCUAAAUGCCAGUGAAGUUUUAGAUGUUUCUAAUGUGGAGAAAAAUGGUAAUACAGCAGUUAGUGAUGAUUUCUUUGAAAAUGAAGGUCAGAACUUGAUGCCAGAUGACUUGAACAACCAGAAAGAGUUUAUCACUGAUGAAAUGGUUGAUAAUUCCAAUGAGUUUUCUAAUGCAAUUUUUGAAAAUGAUUUUCAGGAAAAUGAGGUAGAUAUGAAAAAUUUUGAUAACUGUUCAAGUAGUUUGGAAGAAGUUGGCUUAAAGCGUGAAUCAGAAUUUCCUACAGAUACCAGUUAUUCAAAGAUGUCAGAAGACAAUAUUAAACAUACUGGCCUUAAUGCCAGUGAAGUUUUAGAUGUUUCCAAUGUGGUGAUGAGAAAUGAUGAUGAUGAUGAUGAUGAUGAAGAUGAUGAGGAUCUUGAAUUUACAGAUGCUUUAUCCAAUGAAGAUGAACUCAUGCAAUUUGAUGAUGAAUUGCCUGAAAAGAAGUUUGAUUACAAAGAAAAUUUGGAGGCAAAGAAUAGUGAAAACUUAAAUGUUUCUAAGAAUAUCGAUCAUCCAGAACAAUGUGAAAUUGAUGAUCCUGAUGCCAUGUUGGAUUCAAUUGAAAUGGACAAGAACUCUAAAGAGAAUGGAAAUAAUUUACCAAAUGUCAUUGAUUCCUCAUCAAAAGACAUUAAUUUGAAUAAAUUAUCACUUUCUGAAUCUGGAAUAGACAUGGAAGAUAAGCAUAUGGAACCUUAUGAUGCAUCUUUAUGUAUCAAUAAAGAUGACAGUCAUAAGAUCCUUGAUGAUAAUGAAGAAUUGUCCACACAAAAGGACAAAGAGUUACUUAUGCUUGGAAAGUUUGAAAAGCUAGAAAAUGAAAUGACAUCUGAUUCAAUAACUUCAAGUCCAAAUUUAUGUGAAGACAGUGGUAUUGGGGAAAGUAUUGUGACAUCAUGCUAUGAAGAUCUUGGUAAAGGGGAUGAUUUAAGAAGUGAAGAAGGUAUGGAUUCUUUACCUCUCAGCCCUAGUGACAACUGUGACCUCACAAAUUUGGCAACUUCCCCAAAGGAUGAAACUUGUUUCGAUGAAGAUCUCCAAGCUGAAGCAAUGAUUAUAAAAGGCAAUACUUAUUCUUCUGAAAAUGGUGAGAAACUUCAUUCUGACAAUGAUUUUGGGAAUGGUCGUAUUUCCUUGGCAGUCAAGGAAGAAUCAGACAAAAAUGUUACCAAAGAAUUAUAUACAGAAACAAGCAUAAAAGACACUGAUCUAGCUUUAGAAGAUAAAUUAAAAGAUGGUCAGGGCACUGUUUCAGAAAAGGAAAAUUUGGGAGCUACAAAGGAAAAUCCCCCUCUAGAUUACGAUACUGGGAAUAUUCCUGAAUUUAGCUUAGAAGACAAUGAUUUAAAUUCUAAAAUUCUUGAAGAAUUAAAUGGUCUGUCAAUAGAUACUAAUAGAAAAGAGCUAAGUACUGAUAGAGAUUAUAAAGAUAUAGAUUUAGCUUUGAAAAUGAGUGAGUCUGAGAAAACAGACCCUAAAAUAAAUUUAAAUGGCCAUAGUAACAACACAAAUUUAAUGGGAAAAGAUAAUGUGGAAAAUAUUUAUUCUAGCACACAGGGUGAUCAGAGCAGAUUGAAUGAUGAGUAUGAUGAGUUUGCAGAUGUUGAAGUUAAGGAUAACUUGACUACUUUAAAGAACAGUGGGAAUUGCUCUAGUGCAGCUUCCAAGGAAAAUGAAGUGGAAGAUAUUGAAUCAGAAAAACAUGAACAAAGUAAUUUUAGUGAAUAUAUCUCUGAUAAAUUGCAACUAACAGAAGAUAAUAUUUUAGGGUCUCAAAUUGACAAACAAUUGACCGAAAAUGUUCUUAAAUGUACAGAAAAUAAUGCAGAUGCUGAAAACUCCUUAGUUGCUACUAAUAAGAGUGUCAUUUCAGGAAGUCAAAUGAAUUCAAAUGAACUCAGAGAAUCAACUGAAGAACCUUCAAUUGCUUGUAAUGGAGGUUCUCUUUUAGAAUCUCAGAUUGAUGAAAAUUUGGCAAACAGUAACCCUGAUAAUUUGAUUGAAGAUAUUACGGGUGAUAAACAAGAACUCUUAGUUGAAAGUGAUAAAGAACCCUUAAUUAAAGGUGAUAAAGACAUUCUUUUGGAAUCUCAGAUUGAUAAAAAUUUAGCAAACCGUGCCCCUAGUGAUUUGACUCAAGAUAUUACAGGUGAUGAAGAAUCCUUAGUUGGUGGUUUUAAAGAACCCUUAGUUGGAGAUGAUAAUGGUGAUAAAUCUCAAAUUGAUGAAAGCUUGGUAAACAGUGCCACUAGUAAUUUUAGUGAGGAUAUUAUUGGUGAUAAACAUCCCUUAGUUAAAGGUGAUGAAGACACCCUUUUGGAAUCUCUAAUUAAUGCAAAUUUGGCAAACAGUGUCGCUAAUAAUCUAUCUGGUGAUCUUACAGUUGAUAAAGAACCUUUAAUUGAAGAUGAUAAAAGUACCCUUUUGGAAUCUCAAAUUGAUGAAAAUUUGCCAAAAAGUGACCCUAGUAAUUUUACUGAAGACAUUACUGGUGAUGAAGAACCCUUAGUUGAAGGUGAUAAAGGUACCCUUUUGGAAGCACAAAUUAAUGAAAAUUUGGCAAACAGUGUCCCCAAUAAUUUAACUGAUGAUCUUACAGUUGAUAAAGAACCCUUAAUUGAAGGUGAUAAAGGUACUCUUUUGGAAUCUCAAAUUGAUGAAAAUUUGGCAAGCAGUGUCCCUAGUAAUUUGACUGAUGAUCUUAUAAGUAAUAAAGAACCCUUAGUUGAAAGUGAUAAAAAUAUCCUUUCGGAAUCUCAGAUUAAUGAAAAUUUGGCCGAUAGUGCUCCUAGUAAUUUGACUGAUGGUAUUACAGGUGGUAAAGAUACCAUUUUGGGAUCUCAAAUUAAUGAAAAUUUGGUAGAUAGUGCCCCUAAUAAUUUGACCGAAGAUAUUACAGGUGAUGAAGAACCCUUAGUUGAAGGUGAUAAAAGUACCAUUUUGGAAUCUCAAAUUGAUGAAAAUUUGGCAGAUAGUGGCCCAAAUGAUUUUAUUGGAGAUAUUACAGAUGAGGAAGAACCCUUAGUUGAAGGUGAUAAAGGUACUCUUUUGGAAUCUCAAAUUGAUGAAAAUUUGGCAGAUAGUGGCCCAAAUGAUUUUAUUGGAGAUAUUACAGAUGAGGAAGAACCCUUAGUUGAAGGUGAUAAAGGUACCCUUUUGGAAUCUCAAAUUGAUGAAAAUUUGGCAAACAGUGACCCUAAUAAUCUAAAUGAUCUUGCAUUUGAUAAAACACCCUUAGUUGAAGGUGAUAAAAGUACCCUUUUGGAAUCUCAAAUUGAUGAAAAUUUGGCAAACAAUGACCCUAGUAAUUUAAAUGAAGAUCUUACAUUUGAUAAAAAACCCUUAGUUGAAGGUGAUAAAAGUACCCUUUUGGAAGCACAAAUCGAUGAAAAUUUGGCAGAUAGUGACCCUAGUAAUUUAACUGAUGAUCUUACAUUUGAUAAAAAGCACUUAGUUGAAGGUGAUAGAUGUACCCUCUUGGAAUCUCAAAUUGAUAAAAAUUUGGCAAACAGUGACCCUAGUAAUUUGACUGAAGAUCUUACAAAUGAUAAAGAGCCCUUAGUUGAAAAUAAAGAUACUCUUCUGGAAUCUCCAGUUGAAAUGCAGGUCAAUGACAGGGCCUAUUCUAAUUUUGAUGAAGAUAUUAAAGAUGAUAGAGAUCCUUUAGCUAUAAAUGAUAACAUACUUUUAAAAUCUCAAGUUGAGAAAGAUUAUUCAGAGAAGACUCAGAAAAUAUCAACAAGCACUGAUUCCUUAGUUGAUGCACAAACUGAAGAAAAUGAGACUGACUCUUUAACUAAUGAGCUGAAUGAUGAUGUUCUAUCAUCUGGUGCCAAUAUUUCAAAUACUGUAAGAGAUGACAGAAAAUGUAAUAAAAGUGCUUUUAAAGAACCUUUUCAUGAUUUAAAUCUUGAAGAAGUUUCUCAAAAUGAUGAGUUGUUACAGAAUAAUGACAUCCCUACUACUGAAGAUUUUUCAGUAGCUGAAAAUAAAGAACUCAAGCCUAAUGAACAGUCACCUGAAUAUGUAAACGAAAAUACAGGGUUAGGUGGGAGUGUCGAAGUUGACGAUUUAAAUAACUUUGACAAUGUAAUAGAGACUGAUGAUGAUGUCACUUUAAAGAAUAAAUCUCCUUUUGAUUCUGAUGAGGAGUUUGAAACUUUUGAUAACACUAAAGAAGUUCUUUCUGCCAACUUUGAAAACCUAACUAAUAAAAGUAGUGCUUUAGCAUCUUUAAAUGACACAUUUGGUGUAGAAAAUUUUAACAAUGUUAACAAAUCUAGUGAUAGUAUCUCUUCAGAUAUAGUUGAAAAGUUGUCGGAAACCCUGGGAAAACCAGAUCAAGCGGCUACUGGAGAAUCUUUGUUAGAAAAAGUAAUGACAGAAAAUUCUGAAAAUCAGAAGCCAUCGGUUGGCUUUGAUACUUCAGAAAGUGCAUUUCAUUUGCCUCAUGGUGAAAAUGAAACCAGUAAAACAGACCAAAGUCCUUGUCAAAUUCCAGCUGUUCAAUGUCCCUCUGAGAAAGAUACAAAGUAUCAAAAAGAAUCUCAAAGUUUAGGUGAAACAAAUGAAAAAUUAGUGCCAAUUGAAGAUUUAAAUCAUCCUCUUUCAGAUAUUAAUCAAGAAUUUAAGCUUCCUAAACAGCUUGAAAAACCUCAGUCUAAUGAAUUAGCUAGUUCUGCUAAGAAUAAAAUGCUAGACUUUGUAGAGAAAGCUGAUAAUGAUUCUUCUAACCUGAUUAACAAAGAUCCAUCUGCUCUUGAAGGUUAUUUCAAUGAUGACAGUGAAUCUGUUUUUGCAUCAUUAAUUAUUGGAUCACAACGUUUAGUUAGUGCAAUACUUGGCCCUUCUGCAGUCUGUCCUCCUGUCCUUAAUAGUGCUCCACUUCAACGUCCACAUAGCACAGGAAAAAGCACAGCAAAGGAAAAGCAGAAGCAAAGCAUAGACUCUUUCAAACCUGCCCCCAGAAUUCCUUUAGACAGCAUCAAUGUGGAAGAUAGUAGUCCUUCAUUUACUAGGACUUCCACAUCCGAUGACAGCGUCAGUGGAUUUCCAGGAAGUGAGUCAUCACAGUCACCAUCCCAGGACUCAGACAGGGUUGAAUGCAGGGACGAACACAAUAUGCUUCAUGGCAAGACCCCCACUGAAGAGACUGAGCCCAGCACUAAGCUCACCUCUAUGAAGACAGCCAAUCAAUCUGUUGAUGAUGGUACAACAGAGAAGGUGUUUCUUCUCCCUGAUGAUGGCAUUACUGACAGUUUCCCUGCUCCAAAGGAGCCAAACACACAGGUAUUUUCUGAAAUGUCUAGUGAGUUGGCUAAGUCUUCAGAGAUAUGUGGUAAGGACAUUGCUGAGUCAGUUGAAUGUUUGCAGAAAUCAGAAGGCAUGGUCAGUCCUGUCUCUAAACAGAAGCAGCAGUCGGAAGCUGAGAGAACUAUGCAGCAGCAACAACAACAACAACAGCAGCAGCAGUCAGAAAGUGAGAGACUUUUGCAACAACAAAAGCCAAAGACUGAGAGACCUUUGCUGCAACAACAGCAGCAGCCAGAAGCUGAGUGUCCAUUGCAAGAAGAACAGCAGCAGCAAGAAGCUGAGAGACCUUUGCAAAAACAACAGCAGCAACAACCAGAAGCUGAGAGACCUUUGCAGCAACAACAACAGCAGCCUGAAGUUGAGAGUCCAGUGCCAAAACAACAGCAGCAGCAAGAAGCUGAGAGACCUUUGCAAAAACAACAGCAGCAGCAGCAACAACCAGAAGGUGAGCAGCUUUCAGAAAAACAGCAGCAAUUGCAACAACAACAGCAACCACCACCAUCACUAUCAUUAGUACCAGAAGUAGAACAAUCUUCAGAUCAACCAUCCCAAUUGGAUGCACCAACAAAACCAGUCAAAAAGAAGCUGAAGGGAAAAGUUUUGAAGAAAAAAGCACCUCCCAAAUUUCCUGGGGCUGCUAACUGGAAAGUCCAGGAUGGUGAUGAUGACAUAAAGAUAAUGAUAUCAGAAAAGAAAUCAUCUCCAUCAACAGCAGAGAUACCAAGUAACAUUGGAGUAGAUCAACAUAUCAACAGCCCUGUGGAUAUGGUCUCUUCUUACCCUGAACAAAGCUCACUAAAUGAAGAGCAUUCGCCUCUCAAAGAGAAACCAAAUAAAAAGAGUCUUUCAAAACUUGUCCGAAAGGGCAAAGAUAAAAUCCCUGUGGUUCAAGUGCCUCCUCAGAUCAAUGGACAGGACUUGACAUAUGAUGACAAGAUCAAGGUUGAUCCUUCUUCUUCUUCUUCUCCAUUCAACUGCAUUCCUCAAUUAGAGACGAGCCUUUCUUCGGAUUCUUACCCAGAAAUGGCUCCAGAUUUCGUUGCUGAUGAAACAGAUUCUCAAGAUAUUGCAAAUGAAGGAUUUGUACCCGCUUCAGAAGUUUUCAAUGAAUCCACAGCAUGGGAGAUGUUAGAGAAAUUUGGAGAAGAAGGAAAUUUCAAGGAUUCUGACCAGGCCCCACAGUUGGUAUAUAUGAAACUAGAACCUCAUUCAACACCAUCUCCUGUUGGAGCUGUAGCAGCUGGGAUGCUUGAUUCAGCAGGCAGCCAGCAUAUUACAAAUGGAGAAAGAGGGGGAGGAACACAUGGACCCACCGAGGGGAAUGAAUUUAGACAGAUGACAUCUUCGGAACCAUCCAACAAGGCAUCUAUCAAUAAAAUAUAUCGACACCAUCCCAAUAAAUCUCUUGAUGCUAAAUCAGGAGGAGGCGGAACAGCCGCCAUGAAAAAAAGGGAGUUUGAUAAUGUUGACAACAUGUCAUUUAGUCAAAAAGAAGAAAAGUUUGAUAAAGAAGAAAAAGAAACUGAUGACUUAGAGUUUUAUCAUGAUGCUCGAGACUUCCCUCCUGCCAUGGGAGAUUCUUGGGUGGAACAAAUUCACAACUUCACUGAAAUAGAAGAUUCAUCCAUAGGUCUGUCACAGGACUCUUUGGAAGGAUUGUCCUGGUCACACACAGACAGUGGUCUUGUUUUGGACAGCCCACUCCCCUAUGGCUGCUGCUUUGAUGAGACCAAUGUGAAUGUGGUCAAUUACGAAGCCAAUAAAGCACAUGAAAAAUGGAAAGAGAUGGGCGAUUCCUACAUUCAACAGUGGCUCAUGAACAAUCAUGAUGAGAGCGAUAGUGGUGUUGCAGUGGAAACAGCCCCUGCCCAGCAUCCAUCGCAAGGAGCCAAUGGAACUGAAGCCAUUGUCCAAUUGGUACCGGAUUCAGGCAAGCAGCAACCGUCCAGCUCAGAUGCAUCUCAGGUUCUGAAAUAUUCCCAAUCAGAGUGGAACAAAAUGAAGCAGGAACAAGAGCUGGAAUUUCAGACGCGGCUACUCCAAAAGGAGAAGGAUUGGAGCAAGAAGCUGGCAGAGAAGGAGCGUCGUAUCACUGACCAUGAAAAGAGAAUUAUGUUACUCGAUGACCAAUGUCGGAACUUGAAACAAUCCAAUGAAGAUAUGAGGCUGAUUGUGGCAGAAUUUGAAAAAACAAUUUCACAGUUACAAGCUGAAAAAGAAAAGUCGAAAAGUGCCUCCCAGGAAUCAAUGGAAACUCUAAUACGGGAACGUGAUCAAGCCCUUGAAGAUUUACAGUCUGUGGAAACGGCAUUCUCAGAUCUUCAUCGACGUUACGAGAAAACAAAAAAUGUUGUAGAAGGUUUUAAGAAAAAUGAAGAAAUUUUAAAGAAAUGCGUCCAAGACUACCAACAGAAAAUCACCCGAGCAGAACAAAAACUGGCUGCCAUCCGACAACAAGCUGAAGAUAAACUAGAAAAAGCCAACUCUGAAAUAGAUAAAGUGCGACGUAGUACUUCUGCAGAAAUUGCAAAAUUGGAAGCUGCAUUGAAAAAGAGUGAGGUUCAGGUUCAGUCCAUGGAAAGGACAAUAGAACAGAAAGCAUUAGAGAAUCAGGAAUUAACUGCCAUCUGUGAUGAAUUGAUUGCUAAAGUUGGAGAUGUGUCGUAGCAGUGACUUAUUAAUUACCCACCCCCUAUCCCUUUCUAACAGACUAUCAUUUAGCUUUAUCAUUUUUUUCUUUGCUAUCUCCUCUCUACAUAAAAUCUUUGAUUCCUUGUU